UGCUCCAGGAUCUGUGCUAUAUUCGACAGAAGAAUGUUCCAGAUGGUUCAGUUUUUAGUUCCUUCAGGGCCCAAGAGACCCGGAAACACCAGCACCGCACAGAACCGGACUCAACCCGCUCACUGCCAGUUUCUACAGCAUGUACGGACAGUCACCGGCCUCCGACAGCAGGACAUGUUCUAUAACCUGCGUGUGCCGAACGAGUCCCAGACGGGCCGAGACGAGAUCAGCCUGGUGCUGCUCACAGGUCACGGCGUGGUGUGUAUCGACCUGAAGACGUGGAGCGGCUCGGUUUUGGCCCGGAGCGAGACUCGGGUCCGGUCGCAGCAACAGAACCUCAGCAGCGUCUCCGCCGAGCAGCUUCCCGACGCGCUUCAGGCCAUCACGGUGAAAGCCCGACUCCUCUGCAGUCACAUGGUGCGCUGCGGGCAGAAUCUGCGUCCGGCUCUGUUCGUCCCGCGGGUCCUGCUGCUGUCGGCCGACUGCGAGGUCCGGCACGAGCUGCUGGUGUCCGGCGCCGAGGUCCAGGCGUUCCUGCACUCGCUCCGGCCCGGAUACGUGUCCUGGCUGUCCGACGCCUUCACCCCGGCCUGGAUCUCAGGUCACCUGUCGUACGGGCAGAUGCGUGCGCUGCGUGAGCACCUGGAGCUGAUGGGAACCUGGGAUCUGCUCCUGCUCUGCGACGGUCAGGAACUCAGCGGAGACUUCCAGAGCUGCCGACAUCUGGCGCUCAACCGACACGACACCGACCAGCUGGAGUUCAGCCGCGCCGGCAGCGCCAUCACCGACACACUGUGGGGCCUGCUGGGACACACGCCUCAGGUCACCGUCUCCAUGUACCGGCGAGGAGCGCAGGGCUGGCUGGGGAAACCGCUCAUCGCCACGGCAACGAUCCCGUCCAGCACACGCGUGAUCUUCCGCAUCCGAGGAGAGACUGCAGACGCCAAGAUCCCGGCCGGCAGCAUCCGCUCCCUCACACUGAGCAUCUGAAGGAUCGUCUGCGCCGCUAAUGAACAUAUUAUAAUGAACACAACUAUAUUUCCUUUAAUAAGGGGAAUCAUGAGGUUUAUAUUACUGGACGAUCCUCUGCUGUGUUCACUACAGUAAUGAUUCAUAGACAUCAGCCUGCAUGUUGAACUGUCAAAUCUUAAUGCACCUUCUUACAGGAUGUACAAUAAGUCUCUGUUGUCCCCAGAGUGUGUGUGUGUGUGUGUGUGUGUGUGUGAGUGAAGUUUUAGCAGAUCAUUUUAUACAGCAAGUUAAAGUAAAAACAUGUAAAAAAAAAGUAAAAACACGUUGAUUUGUUUGUGUCCCUUUAAAUGCAAAUGAGCUGCUGCUCCUGACACAGGGGGCGGAGCUUCAAGAGUUUGUGUGUGUGUGUGUGUGUGUUAGCAGCUCUGAUUACCUCACACACGUUCUGAAAGAAUCAUAAACAUUUAGUCUUUUAUGUUGAAAGCGGAGUCGGAUGGAGAGACUGAAGAAGAAGUGACGGACGGAUGAGUGUCAGAGAUGUGGAGUUAUCAUCUACAACUCAUUGAUUAGCAUAUUCUAUCAUGAUAAUCUAUAAAUCGCUCGUGUGGGAACUGUUGUAAGAUUCCUAAAGAGUGACACGAUAUUGCAUAUUCCAUGUGUUAUGAAGUAAAUGUAAGUUUACGUCGUAAGUUACAACAUGUGUAAAGUAGUAAACGGUAAAUAAACACAGUUAAUGAACAGUAAGUACACAGUAGGCCUAAAGAAAGAGCAGCAGUUCAUCAGUCGCUGACCCGUUCCACAUGAUGUCAUCAAAUUGUGCCUUGAGAAUAUUAAAGGGAUAGUUAAAUUUGAAA